GGCGAAUAUAUUGUUAUGGCUGCCUUUGGGAGGAAGGUGGAAAGUGCUUCACAAGGAUACGUCCAUAGACUGGUGUAGACACGGAGUACAGAAGAUGUCGGGCGUGGUAUUUGCUGUGACGUUGGCCUUGACGUGCGUGCGAACGGUCUUGGUGAUCGAUGCAGUGUCCUCUGUUUCCCAGGUGGCCCGAGUUGUGCGAGUGAUGUCGUCACCAAGGUCACAGAUGUCAUCGAGGGGCAUGACGAGCGCCUCGUCACGACAGCAAGCACCCGCUGCCGCCGGCUCUGCGAAAGUCAGAACCCUUCACAAGAGGCUUCUGAUGAUGCACUUCAUCGCCGUUGUGAACGCGAGUGCCGGAUGCUUCAAGCCGCUCGUUACCGUCGUCAUUGCAACCAGUCUUCCUGGCGUGGCAAGUGAAGAGGGAGCAGCACCGCCCGAGCGCAGUUGCAAGCUCAGGGCGGAUCUUAUCGCGGACAUGGCGCCUCCGAUCAACAUUUUCAUGACGCUCUGCCUGACUGAGGUAGCCUUACCUUUCGGGUUCUCCAGCUUUUUGAAGGCUGUCAAGGCUGGAAGGAACGAGGGAGCCCCCUCAUCACGGACGAUGACGGUCCCCGCAACGACGAAGCGGGUACCGUGUCUGCAAAGUAGCACCACGAAGAAGUCGGGAGGGUCUGUUGUUGUUCCCACCGAGGUGGCGUGAUAGCGACGUCCGGGAUUCCUGCAAGUUUGUUGUAACGGAAAGGCUAAGAAUCUGAUUUGUUGUGUGCAUCUCUCGUGUUUUAAACUGCAAAUCAGUAGGGGAUCCGGUUCACACCGAACGGGCGACAAAGCAAGCUUGAUUCCUGCGUGUGUCAAUACCUUGCACGGACGCAAUGCUGUGGGGUCGAGUCUAUUCACCAACGUGGCGUCGAAACGUGGUGCUCAGUGUGAUCAUUCUGCGAGGUUUUUGUGAUCUGGCUUUGGGAAAUGGCUCGGACUUCU